UGGCUAAAACUGAGAGAUUCCACCCCCCUGCGGAGAAAGUCCGUCGCUAAUUGGUAAAUAACGCCGUCAAUCAGAGGACGCGCCGGCCGGGCGAGCAGCGUCAUCCAUCCCCGGAUGCCAGUUCUGUGCCGCAGUCAGCAUGGCCGCCCGCAGCUUCGUAAGUUAGUCUCAUUUGGCGUCGGCGGACAGAAUGGGCGGCUGUGUGCAGGGAGCGGGUGUAUUCGCGCUGAUGUUGAUUCUCACCAAGGUGACUGCGCACGCUGAAGUCCAAAGAGAUGUUGAUGCCUCAAAAACUUUGGUUACUGAAAGAAAUGAAAUAAUUUCUAAUUUGGUCAGUGAUGCUGAAUUUGAAGAAACAGAUGGACAGACUAAAGGGAAAGUACAGUUUCCAACAGCAGAAAUGGCUGAUGCUGUCCUGGGAAGUGGAAUUACCUCAAAUCAAAAAGCUUUAUUGUCUCUUAUGCAGAAUAUUAAAAGUGAAUCCUCUGUUUUUGAAGUCAAAGAUGCCCUCUGUACUGACACGAGUGGAGAGAAGGGAGAAUGCAGUGUUUCAAAGGAAAUAUUUCCUUCCCUUGCAUAUAUCCCAUCCAGUAGUCAGGAGGGAGAACCACUUGAAAAGAAAGCCACAAAUGUCAUGGAAGCAGCACAGACUGAAAGCACAGCAGUGGAAGAAUCAAAUGCCACUGGAACAACCAAAGCACCGAAAGUAAACUGUGAAGAAAGAAAUAUCACUGGAUUAGAUCGCUUUAUUGUACAAAUCCUUAAUGGCUCACAAGACCUCAUGGAAUUUCUGAGUGCCAAUGGCAGUGAUUGCUCUGUAGUCUUGUUCUACACACCUUGGUGUCAAUUCUCUGCAGACCUUGGUCCACAUUUCAAUGCAUUACCACGUGCUUUUCCCUCUCUACAAUUUUUGGCACUGGAUGCAUCUCAGCAUAGCAGUCUUUCUACCAGGUUUGGUACAGUUGCGGUUCCUAACAUCCUCCUGUUUCAAGGUGUCAAGCCGAUGGCGAGGUUUAACCAUACGGACAGAACACUUUCAACCCUGAGAGCAUUUAUCUUUAAUCAAACGGGUAUUGAAGCAAAUGGCACAGUUGAAGUGACAGAACAAGAUCUAACUGGUCCACUUCCCAGUGUUGCAGUGAGAGGCAUUGACUGGCUGCUUGUCUUCUCUGUAUUGUUUGUCUGUGUGUUUCUAAUUUAUGGUGCAGUUCAGUCAGAUAGUAUCAAAUGGUUGAUCCCAGGACAAGAGCAUGAACACCAGGAAUAAACUCUAACAACAAGUUGGUCACAACCUAGAGCAAAGAGCAGCUGCACUGGUGAUCUGCAGUAUUUAUGAAAACGUUCAUAAAGAAGUUAGCUUUUUAUCACAAUGUUGCUGUUUUUGUGUGGGAAUUCAUGUAAAUAUUUGUCACUAUGAAUAAAUUUGGUGUUUACCAAAUGACU